AUGACCAGAGGCGCCCGCGGAGGGACAACCGGGAUCGCCCUCGCCCGAGCCAGAGCCAGCCCUGGCCCCUGGCCGCGCGCGCGGCCUUCUUUCUGGCCCGCAUCCACCGCAGCGGCGGCCGCCGCUGCGAAGACUGCGGCCGCGCGACGCCUCCACGAGCAUACGAUCGAGCGCCCGGAGGGGCUCGGGCUGAGUGCCGUCGCGAGACCUCGGCACGCCUGCGCACGCCUGCGCACGCGGCAGAGCGACAGCGGCACCACCCUCGUCGGGCGCCGACGAAGCGUGCUCGCGGGUCGCCGCUCCGUCGACCGACGGCCGAGACACUUGCUCCGACGCCGCCCCGCCCCCGCCCCGCCGGCCAAGGAGCUUCGCUCCUCCAGAGCACCCACGGAGGACAAAUUGCUCCUCAGCAGUGCGACGCCGAGCUGGAGGCUCGGCCGGGAGCUCGCGCGGGCGCGUGGAGCUUUCCGCUCGGGCCAGCAGGAAACGGGCGCCCCGCACAGCGACGCCCGCCGUAGAGUGCCGAGAGCUCGGCUCGACGCGAGCGCCGAGGAAAAGCGAUCGGCUCCCAAGCAGUGGGACGCCGAGCUGGAGGUUCGGGCGGGAGCUCGCGCGAGCACAUAG